AUGGCGCCAGUGUCGUCCCGCCCGCCGGCCUCCCCUCCUGCCCUCGUCCGGGCGCCCGCCGCGGGAGAGGACGGCCCGGCCCCUCAGCCUGAGGCGGGAGCACCCGGCUGGUGAUCCGGCGCCCAGCCCCCGGAACUGCAGCCCGAGCUCAACCUGGGCAACUUGAAAGGUCGCUUAGAGGAGGACAACGAGGAGCUGGAAGAGGAUGAGGAGCUCGAGGAAGAGGAGGAAGAGGAGGAGGAAGAAAUGAGCCAUUUCUCUCUGAGGCUGGAGGGGGGCGGGCCGUACUCGGAGGACGCGGAGGAGCGCCUGAUUAAUCUCACCGAGCUGACCUCAUACAUCCUGUGUUCUAUUUGCAAAGGUUACCUAACAGAUACAAGUACCAUUACAGAAUGCCUUCAUACCUUUUGUAGAAGCUGCAUUGUAAGAAAUUUUUACUAUAGCAACAGAUGUCCAAAAUACAACAUAGUAGUACAUCAAGCACAACCUCUUUAUAACAUAAGAUAUGUCUUUAUUACUGGAAUUCAUCGAUGCACAGAACAUUUUAAGCCAUUAGAAAAGAAGUUUGUCCGAGUUUCAGGAGAAGCAACUAUUGGGCAUGUAGAAAAAUUCCUCAGAGGAAAAAUGAGUCAUGAUCCAGCUUGUCAGGUGUAUAUCAUCUGUAGCGACCACUUGCUGGAGCAGUGCCAGACUCUGAGGGAGAUCCGGCAGGCAGCAGGGGAUUCCGCGAUGCAGGAUGGGCUCUUACUAUGUUGCCAUUUCAGCCUCCUGACUGCUAGCACUACAAGGGAUCCAAAUCUAGAAUUCUACAUUGCCCUUUGA